AUGGGGACAUAUUUUGGCCCGCUCCCUAUUCCUCUUCCUGUUUCAGUGGAGAAACUACAAGGAAAAGGCGGUGACGGAGGAGUCUCGUGGGACGAUGGUGCUUUCGAUGGUGUGAGAAAGAUAUACGUGGGACAAAGUCAUAAUGGUGUUGUUGUGUACGACAAGAACAACCAGGUGGUGUUAGGGGAAGAUCAUGGAAAGAAGGGUAGGCUCGGAUACGAAGAGUUCGAGUUGGAUUAUCCGAGUGAAUACUUAACGGCGGUGGAGGGUUUUUACAAUAGAAUAUUUGGAAGUGAAUCCGAAGUAAUAACCAUGCUUAAGUUCAAGACUAAUGUACGAACCUCUCCCCCUUUUGGAUCGAGUUCUGCCUCAAGCUUCAUACUCGAGAAGGAAGGUCACAAAAUCGUAGGGUUCCAUGGAAAAGCUAGUCACGAGCUCCAUCAGAUUGGGGUCAGUGUCGCACCCAUCACCAAGUGA